AUGUAUACCUUCGCUCCACUUUUCUCUGUUAUAUUUGUUUUUGGUACGAUCAAUACUCUACCAUCUCAUCGUUUUCGUCGACAAACAAAUUUCGUGCCCAACACCGGAUCGUCCGGUCGACAGUCGUCAGCUUGGUUAAAUGCUCCAAGUGGUUCCAUUCCAGGCAGUGCAUACUAUGGAGUUGGAGCUGAUCCAAACUAUGGCAGUUACGUUUCGGCAGGAAAUCGUCCCAAUAACGCGAUUGUGCCAAUAAGUUAUAAUCCCGAUUCAUCGUCUUUUAUCAAUAAUCGUCCACAAACUUACAUAUCGAAUGCCAAUACCGGCUGGCAAAGUACGAAUAUGAAUACAAACUAUGGACAAUACAGUGGUAAUCGGUAUUCACCAGGCAGUCCAGGAUGGUAUGCCACUGGUGGUAAUUUUUGGUAUAAUGAUGCCCAAUCUCUUGUUGUAUAUCCCUUUUUACUAUUUAUAAGCAUUUUACUUUUGAUUAUUUGUCAAUAA